AUGGUGCUUCUCCUGGCCUCGGUGAUGCUGGCGGUGAUGACUGGGGUCAUGCUGCACGCCUUCAGAUCUGUGGCCGUGACGUCUUCAGGAGUCUUGGCCUCACCGGCAGACGAGUCGGCCUUUCUAGGCAUUGGGGAGGCCGUCGACCUCUGUGGCCUUGUGGAUUACCCCAAGCUGCCAGCACAGGACCUGCGCCGAAUCCAGGAUGUCGCUUUCUCCAUGGACGGGACGCACGAAGAGCCGGAGGCAGCUGAGGAGCCGGAGGAGCCUGAGGCUGAGGAGGAGGAAGAUGAAGGUGAAGACGAGGACGAGCCUGAAGAGCCCCCAGCCAAGAAGGCGAAAGGGCUUCCAACCCGUGGCGCCGUCGUUGCGAAGGCGAAGGCCAAGGCCAAGGCGAAGGCCAAAGCCAAGGCCAAGGCCAAGGCCAAGGCUCUUCCUGGCCGCGGUGGCGUGAUCAAGGCAGCGACCAAGGCCGCAGCCAAGGCGGUUGCAGCGAAGGAGUUUGCAGCUGUCUCGUCCAAGCUGAAGAAAUCCAAGAGCAAGGAGACAGUGGCCGGGGAAGGCAAGUGGUACUAUAUGAGUGACCUGCGCAAGAUGAAGGUUGGCGCAGACGAUGCGAAGGCCUGGACGGCCUACAACGCGAAGAUGAACAAGCAGUUGGAGACGGCGUAUAGCAAGGGCUUCAAGCAGUACACCAUGACUCUGGGAGACAAGCAAUACAUCGUCAAGUUCAACACAAUGAUGCAGUUUCGUGCCGACGACAAGAGCCUCCAAAGACCAGUGAAGCGUGCUGUUGAGGCCGGGUGCUGCGGGAAUCUGCAGCUGCCCGUGUUUGGAAACUAUCCGGAUGCUAGCAUCAUCGGUCAGUUCCAUUUCUAUCGUGUCGCCAGCAUCCAUCAGACGAAAGGGUUGCAGGUGGGCUGGUGGGGAGCUGCCAUGGAGGAGUUUCCAUGCAGCAGCGAUCUCGUCGCCGUUCAGAAAGGUGCAAACCCUGGGAGCAUGAAGAAAGCGUUGGAGCUGCUCAAGCGGCGGGCGGUAAAGAUCACGGGGCGGUCCCUAGAUGGUGGAGUGGCAGCAGAGGUUCAGAGCGAGCAAGGCGGGAAAGCCUACACUGUGCGGCUGGGGCGCACGUCAGCCGCUGGAGCAGGGGAGGUGGAUGCCCGCUGCGGCUGCGUGGACUUCAGAACGCGAGGGGGACUGUGCAAACACGGCGCGGCCGCUGCAUUGUUCCUCAUCCAAGCAGGCCACGAACUUCCCCAGUUGGCCACCCAAGCCUCCGCGCCCUCGAAGCGGCAGCGAUCGGAGCGACCACCGGCAACACCCACACGCAACAAGCUCUUCGAGCCCGGCUCUGUCAGCUCUCCCGAGGAGGUGGACGAAGCCCUGCCGGCUCUAAAGAGGCUGACUUCUUGA